CUAAGGCUGGCAGAUUGUAAACAGGGAACCAGUGCAGAAUGAGCAACAGCAUCAAUAGGGAAGUCGAUACGAUGGUUUUAUGAUGAAGUCAUCCACACUAUGAUACUGUACAAAAUACUGUCUAGCUGGCUUUACUGUUCAGUUCUGCACACACAGACCAUGAAAUCGCUAAUUUAACUCACCGAAUCUAAGAGUUUUAAGAGAUAAGUCCCUGGAAAUGGGAUUGGUGCUACCCAGUCAGCUUGGAGAACAGAUCUUUAAUUGCUCACAGUUUCAUGGAUGAUCAGGAAUGAGCGCUAACUAGUGUUAAAUUGGAGGAAAAUAUGGAGGCGUUGGAAGUGGAUGAUAUCAGCCCAGCACUAGAAGUCACCGAAGACUUCUUUAGCUCUUUUGAUAAACUGGAACAUGUUGGUCAUCAAGCAGAUGUCUUUGGAAUUCACGAAGUCCCUGAGCUCCUGGGAAAUGAUCUAUCCAAUAAAAUUAAACAGCAAGCAGAUGGUCAAAAUGCCAACACUUCUCAAAGUAGAAUUAUUUGGGAGAGGUGUAAAAGUAGUCUCUUUGAUGUCAAAACAAAGAAUGGGAUCCAUGCCAAAGACCAUUAUUCAGCCAGAAGAACAUUUCCUGAUGCACCCUUGUUAGGAGAAGGAGAAAAGGGCACCUCUAGUUUUAACUUCUUUAGUGUGUGUCGUAGACGAGACAGACCUCAUUCUGUCAAUGAUAGUCUUGCUCAUGUUGAGGAGACUCCUAAAUUUAAGCCAGGUCAUAACAGAUCAAGAUCUGAUAUUAGUCAUAUAGACUGGAAAAAUGUUCGCAAACCAGCCCCAUUACAGAGGUCAUCGAGCCAGGGAGUACACUUCACAUCCAGUUCCUCUAACUUGACAAACCAAGACAUUGAAGGAAAUGAUGAGCUGAAGUUUUCCUUCCCAAAUAUUCUCAAGAAGGGAUUCCUAGAAACAAGGAAAACCCAAGAGAGCUUCUGGACAAGCUGUUAUGCUGAGAUAUCGCCCUACAAAUUGCACAUCUAUAGCACUGACAACAGUGGGAACCAUAACCCCCUUACUGCAUACCCUCUUGCUCACAUUGAAAGCAUCACUAUCACAGGAAGCCAUGAAACCAAACUGGUUGAUGUUAUAAUGUCAGACAACAGCCAACUGCAACUAAAAGCUGAUUCUGCAUGGGAGGCCUUGGACUGGGGACAGAAGUUAUGGGAAGGGAUACGGGCCUUGACAUUGCUCCCGAAUUACAUUAACAAUCAGCAGGAAGUCUUUGGAAGAUCAAAGAACUUUAGCGAAAAAGACCAUGACUAUUUGGAAAAUCGUACUGUGUUAAACAAAAGCAACGAUAUUCCAAGAUCUGUGAAUAUGUCCAAUGGGUACUACAAAAAUAUCUUGAAAACUGGAACUCUUUAUAGACUAACAAUACAGAAUAACUGGAAAGCAUUUACGUUUGUUCUGUCUAAUACUCAUCUUACAGCUUAUCAACCCAGCUGCCUGGAUGAGGAUCCGUUACUGAGCUAUAGUAUGGAUGUAUGUGUAUCUGUCCAAACGGACAGACUUGAUGGAUAUGAUUCUUGUUUCCAAGUGAUAUUUCCUCAAGAUGUUUUACGCCUUCGGACGGAGACCCGUCAAAGGGCCCAGGAAUGGAUGGACGCUAUAAUAUCGGCUGCCAACUCUUCUCGGAAAUCAGAUCAGCAUCUUGUUUCUCUUAGAAAAAAACCCAAAGAAUAUAUGGCAAAGAGGGAAAUUCAAAAGAACAAGCGUCAGUCAGUGACCACAAGCUUCUUGGGUAUCCUGACAACACUUGCUCUGGAGAAAGGACUUACUGCGCAAGGCUUCAAAUGUGCAGGUUGCCAAAAGCCAAUAGGUCUUUCCAAUGGAAAAGCCAAAGUGUGCAGUUACAGUGGAUGGUAUUAUUGUAGCACUUGUCAUGUGGAUGAUGUCUUUGUCAUACCGGCCCGUCUGGUUCACAACUGGGAUACUUCUAAACAUAAGGUAUCCAAGCAAGCAAAAGAGUUCUUGGAGUAUGUAUUUGAAGAGCCAUUGAUUGACAUACAGCAGGAGAACCCAUUACUCUACAGACAUGUUGAGGCCCUGGCACAUGUUGUGCGUCUCAGACAACAGCUUAAGUCCCUGAGAGCCUACCUUUUCAGCUGCCGGGCAGUUGUAGCCGAAGACCUACGUAGGAGAAUUUUUCCCAGGGAAUAUUUGUUUCAACAAAUUCAUCUAUAUUCUCUUGCAGACUUACAACAGGUUGUCGAUGGCAAGCUGGCUCCAUUUCUCUUGAAGGUUAUCAAAUUUGCUACAUCUCAUGUAUAUAGCUGUAGUCUUUGCAGCCAGAAGGGGUUCAUCUGCGAGAUUUGCAACAAUGGAGAGAUACUCUAUCCCUUUGAGGAGACCUCAACAAGCAGGUGUGAGAACUGCUCUGCCAUAUUCCACUCCGACUGCAAAGUGAAAACACUCCCCUGUCCAAGGUGUGUGAGAAAUGAGCUGCAGAAGAAACAGAAGUCUUUCUGGCAAACUUUGAAUAUGGACGACAGCUUGGACGAGUCCUGCAGCAUGUUUGAGUUGUCCUACCAGAGUACAUGACCUCUGAGUGAAAAACCAAAUAUGUCCCCUCGCUUUACCCAGCUCUUAUUUAACUAGCUGAACCAGUGUGCUCGUCUAGAAAGCAUAUCUAAAAUUUAACGUAGCAGCUAUAUGUUUACUCUUUAAUAGAUGGGGUAAACCACUAGAAAGAACUGGAAAUCCAACACUAGCGUAUUAUGAUUCGCUUUCCAUAACUACUAACUGUAGCAGUACCAGUGUCCUCGCUUGGGUUUUAUGAGCCAUUUUACUGGGCUGCUACUCUAUUCAUAAAAGAAAGAGUUUGAAGGUGAGUUAAAGAUGUUAACUCCCUGAUAGUACAAUACCUUAUGAAGGGUUAGUUAGCUUCUCCAGUAUGAACAGCUUGGUCGGCCAUCUAUAAAUCAGGGACAGUUCUUGAAAACUAUUUGAUAGAUUGAACUAUGCAUUUUGCAGGGCCAACUCACCGCUUUAUUAGGAGAAAUGUGUCAUGGUUGGCCAUUUAUAAAGCAUAGUGAUGUUAGUUAAUUAAAACUGCAACUCUACUGUAAACUAUAGUUCUGUGGUUGAUACAGCUUUUUACACACGGCUGUGACUUGCAAAUCAAAUCACAGAAUAUAAUAUUAUGGAAAACAUCAGGUGAGCAAAAUAAAACCCUGUGCUCUAUAGAUCUAAAAAGAA